UUUUUUUUUUUUUUUAAAUUUGUAAUAAAAAAACAAAACUCUCAACUUGUGUGUUUUCUUUCAAAGUCACAACCAUUCAGUACUAUUUGUAAAAGCCGAUUGAAGCGUGAUCCAUAAGUGGACAUUCUUGCAAAAUAUUUUACAAAUGAGAAUACAAAAGUGGGACCAGUCAUCUUUAAUCUAAAAGUAUUCAACAAAUAACCUUCAGAAGGCACCUGUUGUUUUAAAAUAGAUUUAAAUCCAACCCCACAGCAUGGUAUUUCAUUGAGAUGUAUCCCAAAAAAAGGGAGUAAUAAAUGCAUAUAUAUGUCCCACUUUUCACAUCUGUAUUUGCAAAGUUAUUUGUAAACCAUUUUCUAUCCACUUUUUUGUGUUGAUCUAUCAAAUAAAAUCUCCAAUUUAAUCCAGGUUUUUGGUGAUUUGGAGAAAAAACAGAAUACACAGACAUUUGUAGAUGGAUGUGUCAGAUCCCUGAUGCGUGUGGUUUCCAGUUGUUCAUCUGGUCUCCUCUCACGUGGUGACAGGAGGGGGAGGCGGUUCUGGACUGAAGUCGGGGUGCGAAAAAAAGGAGGAGUGUAAACUUAAACAAGGAAUGGGAGAGAUAGUAGUGUUAGAGGCUGCAGGGGGACAGGAAGGACAAGCAGCAGUCUCCUCACUUUUUCCCCCAGAUUUUAAUAUCCUUGUUAAUAUGCGUAUUUUUAUUUUACUGUCCAAACCAGACAGCUGGAUUCUGCAUGUCACACAUUGGCUUGUUUUAUUGGUCUGCUGAUAAGAGAAGGCUUAAACUGGACUAAUAAACUGUUUUACGCACAACGUUUUCAUUUAACGAAUGAAACGAAAAUGGAUUUUUUUUCCCCCUCUGAUUGAUUUCAAAUGAUCAACUGCUUGACACCUUGGGAUAAACUUUUAAUUUAUAUAUUUAUAUAUAUUUUUUCUGGCUUAUUGUAUGCUGCGCAGGAAGAGUCUGAUAAGAAUAGGAACAUUAUUUGGCACACUCAAAGAGGGCUUGCGAGCUGGACCCGAACUCACACGGUCUCCAUUAAUUAGCCGGAGGAGGACGCGUGGUGAUACUUCUCACGCAUGUCUCAACAGCAGAGCACUUUGCCCCGCACUGGCUGCUCGGCGGUGCCGCGGCGGACAAUCAUGGACAACAGGCCCGUCCCGAGGAGGCGGACCGGAGCCGUCCGACAUCUGCUACAGCUGGCGUGCGUCGUCCUCGCCUGCAGCUCCCAGCUUCUGAUGGUGGAGGCGAAUUCGUGGUGGUCUCUAGGUCUGACCCCGAUCCAGCGGCCCGAGAUGUACAUCAUUGGUGCUCAGCCUCUCUGCAGUCAGCUUUCUGGCCUUUCACAGAGUCAGAGGAAGCUGUGCCAGCUGUACCAAGACCACAUGAGCUACAUCGGAGACGGAGCGAGAACAGGCAUCAAGGAGUGCCAGUACCAGUUCAAACAGAGGAGGUGGAACUGCAGCACUGUGGACAGCACGUCCGUGUUUGGACGGGUCAUGCACAUUGGCUCAAGGGAGACGGCAUUCACGUACGCCAUCAGCGCGGCCGGUGUUGUCAACGCCAUCAGUCGGGCGUGCCGCGACGGCGAGCUCUCCACAUGUGGCUGCAGCCGUACCGCCCGGCCCCGCGAUUUGCCGCGCGACUGGCUGUGGGGAGGCUGCGGCGACAAUGUACAUUACGGCUACAGAUUCGCCCGGGAAUUUGUGGAUGCCAAGGAGCGGGAGAAGAAUUACCCGCGCGGGUCGAGAGAGUAUGCUCGAAUUCUCAUGAACCUGCACAACAAUGAAGCGGGGAGACAGGCCGUCUACAACCAAGCCCAUGUCGCCUGCAAGUGUCACGGAGUCUCUGGGUCCUGCAGUCUGAAAACUUGUUGGCUUCAGCUGGCUGACUUCAGGCGAGUCGGAGAAUUUCUGAAAGAGAAAUACGACAGUGCUGCGGCCAUGCAGAUUGGACGCAAGGGAAAGCUGGAGCUGAAAGACAAGCGCUUCAACAACCCGACACCUGAGGACAUGGUCUACAUUGAUCCAAGCCCCGACUACUGUCUCCGGAACGAAACCACAGGCUCGCUGGGAACGCAUGGCCGCUACUGCAACAAAACCUCAGAGGGUAUGGACGGCUGCGAGCUGAUGUGCUGCGGCAGAGGGUACGACCAGUUCAAGACAUACAAGCACGAGCGCUGUCACUGCAAGUUCCACUGGUGCUGCUACGUCAAGUGCAGACGCUGCACAACUCUCGUGGACCAGUUUAUGUGCAAAUAGCACAAAAAGGCGGGUUAACUCUGACCCAAAGAAAUGGGAGUGAAAACAGAGGAGAGGAAUGAUGAUAUCCAUUUUAAUAUAAAGAGCUGAUCAAUGGACUGAUAUAUAUACAUAUAUAUAUAUAUAUAUAAAAAAAAGAUGUCCAAUAUUCUGAUCACGGUCCUGAUGGAAGAACAAAACGGCACAAACGAGGAUGAAAGGGAAAAAGGGAACAGGUUUCAAUCCCUUGAAGUGGGGACACAUUGACCUAUGUGAGCUGAAGAGAUAAAAAUAAAUAUAUAAUUAAGAAAUAAAUAAAUCUACAACUUACACAUUUUAAUUUAAAGAGACUUGUGUUUGUUUGAAAGUGUGAAGCAGCCUUGAUUCCUCUGAUUGCCUGCUGCUUUUUUAAUGUAAGAGCACUGCUAACAUCACCGUAUGCACUCCCAUCCCAGGAGCAGGAGCAAAGAAACGCCCCAAACUACAACCAGCAGAAAGGGAACAAGUCAAGGUGACAAUGAACCCAAAGUGCCUUAUAGAAGUAUUCAUACCAGUUCAGCUUUUCCAUAUUUUUCACGUUUCAUCCAAAAACUUUAUUUUAUGUGACAAACCUACAAAAAGUGGUCCGUAGAUAUGCAGUACACGGAAAACAAUCCAUGGGUUUACUUUACUUUGUUGAGCCAUUUUUUGUUGCAAUUACAGUUAUAAAUAAGAUUCUGCCCUGAACAAGUUGUAUGUUGCUGUUAGUGAAAGCAUCUCUCCUUGUUGAGUAGACCAGUGUUUCCCAACCCUGGUCCUCAAGGCUCACUGCCCUGCAUGUUUUAGGUAUUUCCUUGCUUCAGU